AUGAUCUUCCAUGGCAUCGUUCCCGGCCUCUCCUGCUCUCCGAUUGGCCGGAUCCGGCUCGACGUCCUAUUAGGGACCAGUGACCACUUCCGGCGCGAGCCGCUCUGGUUCGAGGUGGUGGAUCUGUCCAGCGUGUACCAUGUGCUGCUAGGCCGGCCCGCGCUCACCAAGGUCAUGGCGGUCCCCCACUACGCCUACAUGAAGAUGAAGCUGCCGGGUCUGAAGGGCCUCAUCACCAUCACCGGCGAUUACCGCAAGUCCCUGGAGUGUGCCCGAGACGGCGUCAAACUGGCCGAGUCGCUGGUCAUAGCCGAGGAGCGGCGCUAG